CCCAAACAUCCCAAACAUCCACACAAAGCACAUCUCAUCCCAUCCCAUAUCCCCCAUACUUGAUCAUCUUUUUUUUUUGGUAUGACCUCGAAACAAACCUAAUCUGUCUUGUCAUCAUAAUUAUCCCAACCCACCAGCCAGUCCACACUUCAUCCGUUCCCAUGCCGUGUCAUCCAUAUCCCGAACUCAAAUUCAUAUGAGCCCCAUCUUACCAUGUCGCGCUGUCCAUACAAUACAUAGUUCGCCUUUCCCAUUUCCACAAUCUUUAAUUCAUUAUUUUCGCCUUACUUUAUGCCUCUCUAUCUUCCCACUCAAUCAUAAUCAUAUCGAUAACUCAGUGCGAACUAUCAUUACCUUCACCGUUCCUAACAUUGUUACUUGCAUCCUUCAUCCAUACACGUAUGUCAUGGAUUCUAAUGUUCAUCAUCCCCAACUCCUCUUUGCUGCACCCACUCAUGUACCAAAUAUGCUGGUGAUCAUACCAUUAUUUACUAAUUAUGUGAGGCUACAGAUAACGUUACAAACGACGAUAACCUUCUCCACUAUCAUACACCAAGCAUUCGAAAAGUCUCUUGGAGACUAUCUGAUCAACUCUAAAUAAACAUUUGCUAUGUCGUCCCAACUGAGGCUCAAUACCUCGGUAGAUCAAGAUCAGCUACAAUUCCUUCUGGCACAGCAAGAACAGAUUCAAGCCCAAAUCGCUUCCCUCACAUCCGGUUCUUCGUCCUUAUCGUCUUCCUUUCCAACUCACAGAUCACCAAUAUACAAGCAACAAACACAACGAAGACAUAAUGUUCCCCGAAGCAUGUCGAGCAGUGGAACUUCCAUGGCACGACACCCAUCUUCUGUAGGAAAUUCUCCUUGGUUUUCCUUCCCGAGUUGGUUCUAACGAUACUUAGGAUGGGAUUGAAGCACCGGUGAUAUCGCGGGCGAUGUCUCAACAAUCUGAGCCUGUAAUGAUGCGAACGAGUUCCAUGGGCAGUACGUCCGCACAUUCCGGAAGACUCCCGUUCACCCAAAAUGGCGCGAUGCCUCCUCCACUCCAAAGUGAUCUCCGCCGAUGUAACCCCGCCUUUGAAGCUUGGGUCAAUCAAGACCAGCCCUACAGCUCUUACACAUUUUCGCACCAAACUUCCGCUCCUCUCCAGCGAUCCAUGCCUCAACGAAAACCGGAAUUAGAACAAGUUUUAGAAGAUCCCCAACAAGGAUUUGAGAAUCCCGGUGACUUUCUCCUCCGUACCGGCUUUGCCGGUGUCUCACCAACACCAGUGUUCUCGAUCACGCCCUCUCCUGUAACCAUGCAUUCUUCCAUGCCAAUGCAACAACGGCAAUCUCGACAGUCGUUCAACGUGCCAAGUACACCUACCACUGCAACACUUACCGAUGCGACUACAUACACAAGUAACAUGAGUCGACAAAAUAGUCUCUUUAAUGAGCCUUUGGUGGAAAGUAUUGAAAUGAUGAAGUUCAAUUCGAACAACUCCUUUUCUACAGGCAUCAAUAAUGAUGAUCCUGUUUAUCCCGCUGCUCCUCAGUAUAGUUCUCCUCAUCAUAUUCGUCGGUCUUCCGACGAGGAACAGACUCAACUACUUGUUGGGGCUGGUGGUGUUGGCAAUGAUUCUCAGUUUUCUCUUUCUUUUCCUAGUACGGAAGCAUUUGCUCAGUCUCAAAUUUCUCCAUCUUUUGGUGCUAAGAUGGAAAAGUCACAGUCGGUUGAAAGUGUUUCAUCGACCAUGACAUCAUCAUCUCGCAAUAAGCAGCGGCUACAAGUCAGUAACAUGGCCGCUGCACGACCACUCAUGCCUAAAGGUGGCUAUGAAGAUAAUUCAAUGUCUCGAGUCAACUCGUCACAAUCAAUGACUCGACUUGAUUCGAAAGAUGGGUCAAAUGAUAAGGUUGCUAUCGAAAAACGUGCUUAUCAACGACCAAAACACGAACGUGUAUUUUGCAAAUUGUGUGAUGAACACCCUGAUGGAUUUCGUGGCGAACAUGAGCUUCGAAGACAUUGCGAUCGACAACAUAAAAGAAUGGUGAAGAAGUGGGUUUGCAUUGAACCACCCAGCGGUCAAGGGCGCGAAAAGCCUGUGCUACCACUCUCAAAAUGCAAAGCAUGCUCAACACAGAAGAAGAAGUAUGGAGCAUACUAUAACGCUGCUGCACAUCUCAGAAGGGCACAUUUCAAGCCAAAGGCUAAGGGUAGAAAUAAGAGUAGUAAGGUUGAUGAUUCUCAAAAGCGUGGUGGGAAGGCUGGAGGGGAUUGGCCUCCCAUGUCGGAGUUGAAGAAUUGGUUCAAAGAAGUGGAAGAACCAGCCGCCGAUUACACCCAGCAAGAGGAGGACGAUGAUGAAGAAGACAUGAACGAACAUAUGCUCAACGAUUUAUCGCCAGUUAUUAACGCACCAACUAAUUUCGAAAAUACUUCGGAUGGUCCUUCAAUGCUUGGUCUAUAUCCUACGGCCAAUACUCAAAAUUUCGUCAGCAACAUCACUUUCGACAAUUCGAUGCAACAUGACAUUGAUCUAUCAAUGAACUUUGCAGGUCAAACAAAUUUUGACUUUUCUUCCUUCCCCAUGAAUGACCCAUCAGUGGCAUUCUUUGAUACUACCUCUUCACUUCCUCAAGUUUUCGAUGACCCAUCUCUUGUUGGUGUCAAUGCUGUAAAUUUUCCUUAUGAUUCUUCUUUGUCUUUCAAUUAGGUAUUAUUCCUACUCUAUUCGUAAUGGUAUGGUUCGAGUAAGGUGUGAUUAUAAUUUCCUUUUUCCUUUUUCUUUUCUACUUGUUCAUUAAUUUUGGCAAUUCAUCAAUUUGAUCAGAUGAAUUGAUGAAUUGUUUUGGAAGUCAGAUUUAGAUAGGCAGGCGCAUUUUUUCUUCUUAUUUAUACCUCGACUACCUAUCUAUCAUCUCUAUCUAUUCUUUUCUUCGUUGAGAAGUCACGGCUGUUAUGAGUAAUGAAUUGAAUAUCUAUAGCUAUUGGGUGGUGAUAUCUAUCUUGUUUUUUUUUGGUUUUUUUUUCUUGCUUGUUGACUGGCUUGAAUUGCGCUGCGCUGGUUUAUUAAGGCGUCUAUGGAUGGAUGGAUGGAUGAUACCGAGAGUUCUUGUCGCCGAUGGGUGAAGAAGCGUUUUUGAUUGGAUUGCCUUUGGUUGGCUUGGGUUGGCUUAUA